AUGUUUGAAGCUGAACUAAGAGAAAGUAAUGAGCCAGGGACAACUCUCGCUGAUACCGGAUGUUCUACUUUGAUGGGCGUUUCACAUAGAUUUCCUCUUUUUGGAUUCAAAAUAAGUCUCCCAGGGCAGAUGAACAGUGAUGAACAGGACUCCAGUUUUAACCCCCUGGCAUCUUUAACAGACUCUCCCUACUUCAGCCCCCAGCUGGGCGACAACAUAGGACUCCUAGACUACAUACGCCUAAAACUAAGACAAGAAUAUUUAGACAAUUUAAACAAUGUGAAAAGAAGUGGGAAAUCACGCAAUAAAAAGGGUGUCUGUCGUAGUAGGUUUGUGUACAAUCCUGUAGCAGGAGAAUGCCAGCCUACCCUAAUGGGCCGGUAACUCCCAAGACUCGCACUGUUUGCGCUCUC